GUUUACAGCGCCGAUAUCAUUACAAGCAGCUGAACGACUCACGAGGAAAUUUGAUAAAGCGCUGGCUAGAGCUUGUUACCGACGCGCCCACAGCGCUAGCCUGCAAUCCCCUGCCGCGGUGGAAAAGCAUCAUCGAUACAGCUCGAAUCCGACUAUGCUGAUUCCACCGCCCGGGUCGAUGCUAUGACCUCGACACGCCCCUCCUCGACAUUUUCAAGGUCGCCCUCGAUUGUCGCCGAGCGCCGUAACCUGCGCCGUCUAUCUGGCCUUUCUUUUUCCUCCCCAGUCGACCCCGAACCUGCCUCCGACGCUCAAGACGCCCAGGCCCCCGCGAUUACAGACGAGAUCAGCGAGAUCAAGCGCUACGAAGAUUUCACCACCAUUGACUGGGUACAAGAUGCAGUCAAUGAACAGAAUGCUCGACGGGCUAAGCGGCGGAGCGGUGGUGGAUUCUGGGACCAAGAAGGUGUCUUUGGCUGGCGAAGGAAAGUGCGCGAGUCCUAUGAUGCUGGGCAGGCCUGGCUUGUGGUGACACUUGUUGGCAUGGCCAUUGGUCUGAACUCGGCCGUUCUAAAUAUUAUCACCGAGUGGUUGUCAGAUAUCAAGUUGGGACACUGCACGACGGCAUUCUACCUCAACGAACAGUUCUGCUGCUGGGGUGCUGAGGAUGGAUGCCCCGAAUGGAAACAUUGGACUUCCUUUUGGCUGAUAAACUACGUGGUUUAUUUCUUUUUUGCGGUUUUACUCGCAUUCGUCGCUGCAAUUCUCGUCAAAACAUUUGCUCCGUAUGCCGCAGGAUCCGGCAUCUCCGAGAUCAAAUGUAUCAUUGCUGGUUUCGUUAUGAAGGGCUUUUUGGGCGCUUGGACACUCCUCAUCAAGUCAAUUGCAUUGCCACUAGCAAUUGCAUCCGGCCUCUCCGUAGGAAAGGAGGGACCCAGCGUUCAUUUUGCCGUGUGUACAGGAAACGUGAUAUCACGCUUCUUCGGUAAAUACAAGCAGAACGCGUCAAAAACGAGAGAAAUUUUGACUGCAUCGGCUGCCGCUGGUGUGGCCGUGGCUUUUGGUAGCCCGAUUGGAGGUGUGCUGUUUUCAUUAGAGGAAAUGGCCAACUAUUUCCCACUCAAAACUCUCUGGCGCAGCUACUUCUGUGCCUUGGUGGCAACAAGUGUACUUGCGGCCUUGAAUCCAUUCAGAACUGGACAAUUGGUCAUGUUUCAGGUUUCAUAUGAUCGCACGUGGCACUUCUUCGAGCUUAUUUUCUUUGCAUUCCUCGGCAUCUUUGGCGGAUUAUAUGGCGCGUUCGUGAUGAAGUGGAAUCUGCGAGUAGCAGCUUUCCGCAAAAAGUACCUUUCCCAGUGGCCUAUUACGGAGUCCGUCGUUCUUGCUGCUCUCACGGCUAUUCUAUGCUAUCCGAACAUGUUUUUGAAGAUCAACAUGACUGAGAUGAUGGAGAUCUUGUUCCGCGAAUGUGAAGGUGGACAUGAUUAUAAUGGAGUGUGCGAAACUAAUCACCGCUGGUCAACUGUCCUGUCAUUAGCUAUUGCUACAAUUUUGCGGACCGGACUGGUGAUCAUUUCCUACGGCUGCAAAGUACCGGCAGGUAUCUUCGUACCUUCCAUGGCUAUUGGGGCAUCAUUCGGUCGUAUGGUUGGAAUCAUGGUGCAGGCACUUCAUGAAUCCUUCCCCAAAUCCGCCUUCUUCGCAUCGUGCGAUCCGGAUGUGCCUUGUAUCACACCUGGUACAUACGCCUUCCUGGGUGCCGGUGCAGCGCUUAGUGGAAUCAUGCACCUCACCAUCUCCGUGACGGUCAUCAUGUUCGAGUUGACGGGUGCCCUGACCUAUAUCCUACCGACCAUGAUUGUGGUCGGUGUCACCAAAGCUGUUGGAGACCGAUUCGGAAACGGCGGUAUCGCUGAUCGAAUGAUCUGGUUCAACGGUUUCCCUUUCCUGGACAACAAGGAAGACCAUGUCUUCAAUGUCCCCGUCUCGCACGCCAUGACGACAGACCCACUCACAUUGCCGGCGUCUGACUUCCCCGUGCGCGAGGCAGAGCACCUCCUAAGCGACAACAAGUUCCAGGGCUUCCCAAUUGUGGAAGACCGCAGCACCAAAACUCUAGUCGGCUAUAUCGGACGGACUGAGCUGCGGUAUGCUAUCGAUCGCGCUCGCAGCCAGGGCCUCGUGUCACCCCGAGCCCGGUGUGUCUUCACUCAAGAAGCCGCUGAGGCAACCGUCGCACAGCGCGCAUCCGGUUCACAGCAUCUCCGAGCUCCAGAUACGUUUGACGGAAUCCAGGCCAGUGUGGGCGCUGGUAUUGUGGAUUUCUCGCAGUAUGUCGACCACACGCCGUUGACGGUACACCCGCGCCUUCCUCUCGAGACUGUCAUGGAAAUAUUCAAGAAGAUGGGACCUCGCGUCAUCCUCGUUGAGCACCGUGGCCGUCUGACGGGUCUGGUUACGGUCAAGGACUGCUUGAAGUAUCAGUUCAAGGUCGAAGCCGAGGAGCAUGCGCUCGCCGCGACGAGCGCGUCCGAGUUUGCCUCUGCUCCGCUGGGUGGUCACUUGAAUGCUCCUGCUCCGGAGACGCUGGAUGACCGGCUAUGGCGCCUUAUUCUCAAGGUUGCUGGAUUUGUUAGUGGGUCGAUCCGAACUCAUCGACCAGUGCACCUGCAGGAGCGGAGCCGUCCCGGGAGGUCAUCUGAGCCUGAGGGUAUCUUGGAUGGUACUGAGGAUGAUGCGUUUGUCGAACUGGAGGAGAGAGAAGACCGGCUCCGUGGUCGGUAGAACUGUAAUAAACAUGUCAUAUAGGACGAUAGAGGUGUUGAGUCAUGUACAG